AUGGAUAAAAUUCUCCCUGGAGCGCGUUCUAACUUCAGGUUCAAGAACUGGGCUGGUAUAUACUCGGCAAAACCUCAGCUCUACUUUCAGCCGUCCUCUAUCGAUGACGUAGUAAAGAUCGUCAAUGCUGCCAGAAGGCUCAACAAGACUAUAGUGACUGUCGGGUCAGGCCACUCGCCGAGUGAUAUGUGUGUAACCAACGAGUGGCUGAUGAACCUGGACCGGAUGAACGAGGUUCGCGGCUUGGUUGAGAACAAAGAACAGCACUACGCCGACGUGACGGUAGACGCCGGGCUGAGGAUAUACAAGCUGAGCGAGUACCUGUCAGAGCGCGGUUAUGCUAUCCAGAACUUGGGCUCGAUUUCGGAGCAAAGUGUCGGUGGCAUCAUUUCUACUGGCACACAUGGGUCAUCUCCAUACCACGGUCUUGUUUCUUCUCAAUACGUUAGCCUAACUAUCGUGAACGGCCUGGGCGAGGUGGUGAACGUGGACUCUGAGAACCACCCCGAAAUUUUUAGAGCGGCCGCGCUGUCGCUAGGCAAAAUCGGUAUUAUCGUGCGCGCCACCAUCAGAGUAGUUCCUACAUUUAAGAUUAGAUCCACACUCGAGGUGGUGAAUUUCGAGACAAUUCUAGAGCAAUGGGAUCACAUCUGGACUUCCAGCGAAUUCAUUAGAUGCUGGUGGUACCCUUACACACGCAAGUGUAUCCUGUGGAGGGGAACCAAGUCAAACGACUCAUUUACUAAGGUACGGAGCUCCUGGUGGGGUACCACAGUCGGCCGUUAUUUCUACGAAUUUCUCCUAUGGGUUUCUGUCAAGAUAUAUCCUGCCUUUACUCCUUAUGUUGAAAGGUUUGUCUUCCAUCGCCAAUAUGGCAAAGCCGAAACAUACGGCUAUGGUGAUAUUGCUGUACAGAAUUCGAUUGAUGGUUUGAACAUGGACUGCUUGUUUUCCCAGUUUGUGGACGAGUGGGGUUGUCCUUUGAACAACGGACCCGAAGUUUUACGUUCGCUUGACCGCAGUAUCACACAGGCCGCGAAAAAUGGCGAUUUCUAUGUACAUGUUCCAGUCGAGGUUCGUUGCUCGAACACUUGCUUACCUGAAAAGAUCCCAGACUACAGUGACAGGACUGAAAUCAGUCCGGGCGCGGUGUAUGGUAACGUCCUUCGCCCAUACCUAGACGCUACUCCACGUGGCUUGCAUUACGCUCCCCUCUCUGAUGUUUCGAACAACCAGCUAACGUUGUACAUCAACGCCACAAUUUACAGGCCGUUCGGAGUCAACACGCCGAUUCACAAGUGGUUCACCCUGUUUGAAAACACCAUGGGUGCGGCUGGCGGAAAGCCCCAUUGGGCUAAAAACUUCCUCGGAUCCACUGAUAUGGCCGCAGGGCCCACCAAGUCUCAAGAAGCCUAUAAAGAUUAUGAGAUGAGAGGAAUGGCUACCAAAAUAUCCGAGUGGUACGGUGAAGAUUUGCUUAAGUUCCAGGAAAUUAGACGCCAGCAGGACCCUGAAAACGUUUUCUUGGCCAACAAGGACUGGGCCUUGAAGAAUGGCAUUGUCACACCUGAAGAAGUCAUUUAG